UCUCCCCCUCCCCUCCCCCCUCAGCCCAUUAUCCGGCUUCAGCCUUUUGUGUUGGUGGCAGAGGACUGAAGGGAUGUUUUUGUCCUCCCAGCAGGGAAGUGUCAGGAUGGGCCAACGCUAGGGCGCGAGGUGUGAAGAGUUGGACCAGAAUGACCAACUCCACCUCUAGUUCGACCUCCACAACCACCGGGGGAUCGCUGCUGCUGCUCUGCGAGGAAGAAGAGUCGUGGGCAGGCCGGCGGAUCCCGGUGUCUCUCCUGUACUCGGGGCUGGCCAUCGGGGGCACUCUGGCCAACGGUAUGGUCAUCUAUCUGGUGUCGUCCUUCCGAAAGCUGCAGACCACCAGCAACGCCUUCAUAGUGAAUGGCUGCGCCGCGGAUCUCAGCGUCUGCGCCCUCUGGAUGCCACAGGAGGCUGUGCUGGGGCUCCUGCCCGCCGGCUCCGUCGAGCCCCCGGGGGACUGGGACGGCGGCGGGGGCAGCUACCGCCUGCUCCGGGGAGGGCUGCUGGGCCUCGGGCUCACCGUGUCUCUCCUGUCCCACUGCCUCGUGGCGCUGAACCGCUACCUGCUCAUCACCAGGGCGCCCGCCACCUACCAGGUGCUGUACCAGCGGCGCCACACGGCGGGCAUGCUGGCCCUGUCCUGGGCGCUCGCCCUGGGCCUGGUGCUGCUGCUCCCGCCCUGGGCCCCCAAGCCGGGAGCCGAGCCCCCGCAAGUCCACUACCCCGCGCUGCUGGCGGCGGGCGCGCUGCUGGCGCAGACGGCGCUGCUGCUGCACUGCUACCUGGGCAUCGUGCGCCGCGUGCGCGUCAGCGUCAAGAGGGUCAGCGUGCUCAACUUCCACCUGCUGCACCAGCUGCCCGGCUGCGCCGCCGCCGCCGCCGCCUUCCCCGCCGCCCCGCACGCUCCGGGCCCGGGGGGCGGCGCCCACCCCGCGCAGCCCCAGCCCCUGCCGGCGGCGCUGCAGCCUCGCCGGGCGCAGCGGAGGCUCAGCGGCCUGUCCGUGCUGCUGCUCUGCUGCGUCUUCCUGCUGGCCACGCAGCCCCUGGUGUGGGUGAGCCUGGCCAGCGGCUUCUCCCUCCCCGUGCCCUGGGGCGUGCAGGCGGCCAGCUGGCUCCUGUGCUGCGCCCUGUCGGCGCUCAACCCGCUGCUCUACACGUGGAGGAACGAGGAGUUCCGGAGAUCCGUGCGCUCCGUCCUGCCCGGCGUUGGGGACGCGGCUGCAGCCGCUGCUGCCGCCACCGCGGUGCCAGCCAUGUCCCAGGCGCAGCUGGGCACCCGGGCGGCUGGCCAGCACUGGUAACCCACCUUCCUGUGACACCUGCCGCCUCGCCUCCUCGGUUUGUGAGCGCUUCCCAGCCCCGGCGAAGAUCCCCCCCGGGGAAGAUUUUUGCCUUCCUUCCUUCCCAGUGCAAUGCCUGAACCAGGGUCUGCUGUCCCUAAAAGCAAUCGUGUGCAGCCGCCCAACUUUUACCCAUUGUUUCUGUGUUUCAGAGACACCCUUACGUCCAAGGCACGCAGACGGCAAGGACGUGCAAAACUGGCGUUUUUUAAAAAGAACCAGUUAAUUUAUUUCAAGUUUGCUUUAAAAAAACAAAACAAAACAAAACAAAACAAACAAAAAAAAAAGAGCUUUCCUAACAUAACAACCCUCCCAGCCUCCAUCGUCUUAUAUACGAAGCGCCUCGAGUGUGUGAGUGUGCAUGAGCCAAAGGUUAUACCAUUGAGGGAGAAACUGUGUAGACAGUAUUUUAAUCACGCUUCCUUCUGUUAUAGUUUAGUCUUUGUAUAUUGUAUAUUGACCCUGAAGAGUGAAACCACAGGUGUAUACACCGGUGUGAAUUGCCAUUGAGACCUCAAGCCCUUUAUUCUUAAAAGGGUUCUUAUUGAGUCAUUUUUGAAUUGCGAUAGACUCGCAGCCAGUGAGGAAACAAAUUUAUUGUUUUACACUCUCUAUUCACGUCUGAGGUGGAAAGCUACAGUUGAGUGUUAAAGGAAAAAAAAAAAAAAAAAAAAAAAGAAGUCAGGUUUGUUAAUGGAUGGUCUGAGACCAGAGAUGGAAUUUCGGAAACAAAACCAGGGGGUUAUCUAUUUCAGGUACCAGCUUCACAUUUUCUAAAGCAUGCGGAUCUCUUGCUACCCACAUCAGUAACCGAUUUAUUUGCCUCUGAGUGUGAUCGCAGCUUUGAACAUUCUGUACUGUCAUGGUUGCUAAGGAGAAUGACUCCUGUUUUCUCUUUAAAAUAUCUCGAUGCACAUGAUAUGAUGACACACUAAUACCAGAACUGCAUACAUAAUGUUAGUGGCUAUUGCAUGCUCCUAGAUGCUAGAACUUAUCGGGCAUGUGGUACACAAAGCAAUACCCACCGGACACGGACAGUUUACCUCUUCCAGACACCAGAAGGAAUGGCCUUUAAAUAUUUGAAAAGAGACACAGAUACAUCUGUGACUACGUGUCUUGACCUGGUUUAUGAAAAAAAACAAAAUCCCAUUUUGGGACUUGGGCUCCCAAAUAAAACCAAUGGUCAAGAUGACAGAAUAAAAACAGAUUGGCUCUGCCAAGCCAUCUGUGCUGUUUAGGGGUUAAACAAGCCACACGUUAGGAAGCGACACUGUUUUAUGUUGUUCACAUAUAUGACCAUGACAUCUAAUAUUAGCAUAGUGUCUGUUGAAGACAGAAUUAUGCUACACGCAGUUAUGCAUAAAAGGAACAUUUCAAAUGGGACUCUGUUCUUAAAUGUUGAGGUUUACCAUCUUCAUCUUUGACUUCCUAAAUGUUUUUAGAUGCAUUUGCAAUGUGCAAAACCGUGUGAAAUCAUCCUGUACAAUUAAACAGGGAAGAAAGUAAUAGGAGGCACAGAUCAGUCUGUUAGCCACAUAAAAUCUGGGUCCAAACAGUCUCAAUUCACUGCGUAAUUCAGGAGCAGAGACAGCCUGCUUUGUUACACUCUUGGACCAAGAACGGUAAGAACACUUGUACAGUUGAAAAAUUAUGGGGGAAACAGGAGAUGGACAUUUUGUAGCAAAAGAAAAGACAAUAAAGAUGUUUGUCACUAACAGCACAUUGGCAGUCAUGUUAUUAACCAAACUGUGUGCAUGCGCCAUUUCUCAUCUGUUCCUGCUUUCCUGGAUUCAGAUAUUUAAUUAAAGUUUAGAUAACACUUCU